CCGUAAGGGAGUAAACCUAAUUUUUGAUAGCUUCCUUCAAAGAUUGAUAUUGAUUGAAGUAAAAUUAGACAAUUCAGGCUGUUCAGUUUCACCUAAUGUUAAAUUCGAAUACAAGAAUGAAAUUAUCAAGAAUUUCAACUUCAAGUUAAUUUACAAUAGAUACAUGGGGCCUACAUGUGAAGGCUUUUAUGAUAUACAAAAAAGCUCCUACUUUUUAUCUUACUGUGGAAUAACUUUCAAGUUUGACAAUGUGAAAAGUUCACACAAUACUAACGAAGUAUUGAACACAAUGAGUAAGGAAUUAAACUGUUCAGCAAUCUUCAUAUACCAGAAUACAGAAAAAGACACAAACACGUUUUUGUGGAAUAAUUACACAGAGUUGUUGCUGAAUACAUUGAGACACCCUCCCUCAAUCAAUUAUGUUAAAGACUUGGACCAGUUUACCCCUUCAAUAUGUGAUGAUGAUAAAGGCAAAAUCAAAAUCAGAUACUCUAUUUAUGAUUGCUCCCAUGCUGGUGGGCUUGAAAUCAAGUUUAACAAACACUCUUUGGGGUUAUCUUCAUUCAAAAUUGAGCUUGGAGUUACCACAUUGCAAGAAAUGACAAGAGUUUUUGGAUUGCCCAGCGAUUCCAUGCUAAAACGAAAAUCACGUUCGAACUGUAUUCAGAUGAAGAAGUUUAGGUCCAAAGAUAACAAUGAUCACGUAUUCGAGUUUACAAGCUCUAGGGCAUAUUUACCUACUUCUAUGAUCGAACCGAGGUAUGAUUAUGAAGAUAUAAUAGAAAGCAUUACUAGCACGUCCAACGCUUUGGAGAAUUUCAAUCAAGAAACGGUCAAAAUUCACAAUUACUUUAAUUUUGGUUUUGAUGUGAUCUAUGACUUGAACGCCACAAAGAAUGGAACUAACGUUGUCAGUCGUAUAAUACUACACCAAAAUAGGGUGAGAUCGGUUGAUUUUCUCAAGUAUGAGAAACUGACAGUAUUUUUACGGAACCAAAAUAAGGAAUUGGUUACGAAUCUUAAGCUGAAUGAAAUUAGUAACGAGGUGAAUUUAUCAGGAUUGCCCGUGUUUUUAGAUCGCAAAGAGUAUAAUAUACAAGAAAACUUUGAAUCUGAACUUAAAGAGACCGAUAGGAUUUUUGAGUUUGUAAACAUAGAUGAGGAGGAAAUUGAAAAAGAAAAUGGGGAAACACAGGUCAGUGGUGGUCGCAUUGAUGAAGAUAAGGAUGCUGAUAGUGAAGAAAAUAGUAAGGAUAAGGAAAAUGAGAAUGCAGACUUGAAGUAUUGGGGCUUGACUAACUACGAUGGAGGUAAUGGUGCGAUAUUUGAAGCACUCAGUAAUACCGGUGACUUGUGCACCAUUACGUUGUACUAAUGAGGAGAGCUCAAAGUAGAAAAAGUUAAAAAGAAAAACAGGGUACUGACAUUAUUUUUUUGAUAUAUAUGGGAGUAUAUAAAUUAAUUGAAAAAACCAAUCCAG